CGUAAUGUCCCUUAAUCCCCUUCCACCCACCCUCUCCAGCCCCUUUCCCUUUGAUAACUGUUAGUCCAUUCUUGGGUUCUGUGACCCUGCUGCUGUUUUGUUCCUUCAGUUUUUUGCUUUUUUGUUAUAUUCCACAGAUAAGUGAAAUCAUUUGAUACUUGUCUUUCUCUGCCUGGCUUAGUUCACUGAACAUAAUACCCUCUAGCUCCAUCCAUGUUGUUGCAAAUGUAGGAAUUUGUUUUCUUCUUACUGCUGACUAAUAUUCCAUUGUGUAUAUGUAAAACAUCUUCUUUAUCCAUUCAUCUACUGAUGGACACUUAGGUUGCUUCCAUUUCUUGGAAGUCUUUUUUUUUUUUUAAGCUUGUAAAUGAGUUGUCAUUCCCCAUUUUUGCAGUGUGUCUUUUCUGAUCAGUAGAAUGUCUGGAGUACAAGGCUACUUCAAGCAUGUGCAGACUAGUAGCCUUAAGAGAGAGAGGAGUGUUGGUCUCCAGGUGGGGUCCUUCUGGAGUCUCUUCCAACAUGGCCAAAGACAAUGCUCCAAGUGAGACUGUAUCAACAAAUCUUGGAUGCAGUCACACCAAAUUCACAGAAAAUCAACUGUAAGUCCUCAUCAGUGGAUUCAACCAAAAACCUUACCCAUGUUAUGCAACCAAAAGAAAACUUGCUUUAGAAAUCAACACUGAAAAGUAUAGAAUCCAGAUUUGGCUUCAGAAUUGAAGAGCUAGGUCUUGAUCCCAGAAAGUAUCAGAACCUGAGAAGGAUUUAGAAUCAAGCCAAGACCAAGAUCACUCUGAAGAGAAGAUUCAAAGUAGAGAAGGUAGAUGGUAUUAUUGUACCAGCUACACUUCCUCUCAGUUACACACCCUCAUCAAGGCAUUUAUGAAAAACCCUUGUCCUGGGAUUGAUUCCAGAGUGCAACUUGCUAAAGAAAUUGGGGUUCCAGAGUUAAGAGUCCAAGUUUGGUUUCAAAAUCGAAGAUCUAGAUUCCAUGUCCAGAGAGAAAGAGAAGCUGAUGAGGUCUUAGAACAGACCCAAGACCAAGGACAAAAAUCUCUGACAAAUGAAAAUAGUUCCAGGUAUAAAAACUAUACAAAAUGGCACCAAUGUUCCUAGUGACUGUCCUAUUUUUCUGGACUCAGAACAGGGUGGAGAGAAAGACAUACAGUGUGUUGACAUCAUCAGUCUGGGCUCCAUAUCCUCCUGGAAAUACACCCUUCUAAAUAUACCCUCAGCUUCUCCAGAAGUUGAGCCUUCUGGAGCUAGUUAACAGGACUUCAGGAGACAGAGACAGACACAAGGUGCCACACAGACCUACUGACUAAUCCUGGCUCCAGAAUUAACCAGAACUCAAGGACAAUGAAAAUCAAUUUAAUAUGAUUUUUGAGUCAUCAUAGUAAUUGUGGUAUUUUAAUGAGAAAUAUAUGUGUUUGGUUGAUCUUGGCCCCCUUUUCUGGCACAGAGCUCCUAAAGCCUUGGAAUUUUCUGAGCUGAGGGCAGUAAAGGUGCCCCUUAUGUUAAUCAGCCAACGUAAACCAAUUCACUUUGUUGCUCUGUAGACUGUCACUCAAAUUGGAUGUGUCUGGUGUUUGUAUAUGAUCAGAUUCAGCUUGUGCACUUUUCCCAGCAUUACCACAGGAGUGGGUGUCCUUUUUAGUACCUGUUGGUGAACAUAGUUACUUUCACUUCUGAAGCAGGAUAUUUUAAAAAGUAAGCAGUGUGGCCAAAUAAGUAUUUUUCUAAGGAAUGUGGUUAUUUUAAAUAUUUAGUAUUUCCUAUCCAGUUAAUAAGGUUAUAUUCUGUAAAAAUAAAAUUUUAAAUCACUAUGAUAGAUUAAAAAAAGAGAAAUGUUAAGAAAGAGUAGUGUGCAAGACAUAUAAUAAUUAAAAUGACAAAGAUUAAGGAUAAGGAGAAAGUAUUGAAAGCAGCCAGAAAGAGAAAAAAAGAUUACUUCUAAGGGAAACCCCAUCAGGCUAUCUAUCAGCAGACUUCUCAGCAGAAACAUUGCAGGCCAGAAGGGAAAGGCAUGAAAUAUUUAAUGUACUGAAGCAGAAGGACCUUCAACCAAGAAUCCUCUACCCAGCAAGAUUAUCAUUCAAAUUUGAAGGAAAGAUUAAACAUUUCCCAGAUAAACAAGGUUAAAGGAAUUUAUAACCACUAAACAAGCAUUACAAGAUAUGUUAAAGGGACUUAUGUAGAUGGAAAUGUUCUUAAGCUUAAAUAGUUUUCAGCAGUGAAAAUAAACCCACAGUAAAGGUAAUAGACCAAUUACUUACCAAGCAAAUAUGAAAUCAAAAAAAAGCAAAAUGGUAAAACCACCUAUAUACAAAAUCAGUCAAGGGAUACACAAAGAAGUGCAGAUUAUGAUAUGUAAUACAUAAAGUAUGGAGAAGAAAGAAGACAAAAGAAGUACUUUUAGGUUGUGUUUAAAAUAGAGCAGUUGUCAACUUAAUAUAGACUGUUAUAUAGCUAGAAAGCUCUCCAUGAACCUUAUGAUAAUCACAAAUCCAAAACCUAUAAUAGAUACACAAAAAAUUAAAUGAGAUAUCC